AUGAUUCCCCGUUCUCGCCUGUCCGGGCGACUCAUUCUCGAGCGAUCUGCCGCGUACACGUCUCGAUCCUCUGCUUUAUCAAUAUCGCGGAGGUGGGCUUUGUCACCAGCUGCUCAUAGCCGUCACAUCUGUCGAUCCGACCUCCCGGGCCUUCGACCCGGCUUAGUUGGGGCAGCGUUUUCUACGACAGCGAGAUUAAGUAAGAAGGACGACAAAGGCAAAAAGGACAACUUCUUCGAUUCCUCACCCGAGACCCUUACCGAACCCUUAUCAGAAGAGGAGGUCAAGGCAAACUUGGAGAACAAGCGCAAGGAGGCAGACCCAACGGCAGCAGAAGCCAAGUCAGACUCUUCGACAGCAAAAGCUGAUGCUGGGAACAAAUCGCAAGACGGCAAGGCUAGUGGCGCUGCGGGAAGCACCGCGGCUGGUGGCUCUAGUUCCGGGGGAGACAGCUCUGGCGGUGAUGGUGGCAAGAAGAGCAAACGGUCUUCGGAAAAGGCACUGCAAAAGCCGGUUGUGCCAGACGUCUAUCCCCAAGUCCUCGCCAUUCCUAUUGCGCGGCGACCACUGUUCCCGGGAUUUUAUAAGGCUAUUACCAUUAAGGAUCCUAACGUAGCCUCUGCCAUCACGGAAUCCAUCAAGCGAGGCCAACCAUACGUGGGUGCAUUCUUGUUCAAGAACGAGAACGAGGACGAGGACAUUAUCCGCAACGUUGAAGACGUUCACGAUGUUGGUGUUUUCGCCCAGAUCACAAGCGCUUUUCCUAUCCACGGUCAAGAAGGCGCUUUAACAGCUAUUCUCUAUCCUCACCGCCGAAUCAAGCUCUCCAGCCUGGUUCCUCCAAGCACCGCUGAGACAGCGGACAAGAAGCCAGAACCCGAGACUCCAGAAGUCAUUCCCCAACAAACUCCCGCAGAGGAGGAACCCCAGCAGGAGAAGAAGGGAGAUGUCGUUGCUAGCUUCGAAGAGGGAGCCGUUGAGAAGAAACCGGACCAGGUCGCCGAAAAAUAUGAGCCAACGUCGUGGCUGAAACGCUGGCCCGUUAGCCUUGUCAAUGUCGACAAUCUUGCGGACGAACCUUACGACCCCAAGAGCCCCGUUAUUCGAGCUGUCACCAAUGAAAUUGUCAAUGUUUUCAAGGAGGUUGCAACCAUGAACAACCUCUUCCGUGAUCAAAUUUCGACCUUUUCAAUGAGCCAAUCUACUGGAAAUGUGACGUCAGAACCUGGGAAGCUGGCGGACUUUGCUGCUGCUGUAUCGUCUGGAGAACAGAACGAGCUGCAAGAUGUACUCUCCUGCAUGAAUGUUGAGGAACGAAUGCAGAAAGCCUUGAUUGUCCUGAAGAAGGAGCUUAUGAAUGCUCAACUGCAGUCUAAAAUCACCAAGGAUGUUGAGAGCAAGAUUAGCAAGCGACAGCGCGAGUAUUGGCUCAUGGAACAAAUGAAGGGCAUUCGCCGCGAAUUGGGCCUGGAGUCUGACGGCAAAGACAAAUUGGUUGAGAAGUUUAAGGAGAAGGCUGCCAAACUCGCUAUGCCGGAACCUGUUCGUAAGGUCUUUGAUGAAGAGAUUAACAAACUUGCUCAUCUGGAGACUGCUGCAUCAGAGUUCAAUGUCACGAGAAACUACCUCGAUUGGUUGACUCAGAUUCCUUGGGGACGAAGAAGCGCCGAGAAUUUUGGUAUACCCAACGCCAAGAAGGUUUUGGAUGAGGAUCACUACGGCCUGCAAGAUGUCAAGGAUCGCAUUCUCGAAUUCAUCGCUGUUGGCAAGCUUCGUGGUACAGUUGAAGGCAAAAUUCUGUGCUUUGUCGGGCCACCUGGUGUCGGAAAGACCAGUAUUGGAAAGUCAAUUGCUCGAGCUCUAAACAGGGAGUACUACCGAUUCAGCGUUGGCGGCCUUACGGACGUGGCUGAAAUCAAGGGUCACCGGCGUACCUAUGUUGGCGCUCUUCCUGGACGCAUCAUUCAAGCCUUGAAGAAAUGCCAGACGGAAAAUCCGCUCAUCUUGAUUGAUGAAGUUGACAAGAUUGGACGAGGAUAUCAGGGUGACCCGUCUUCCGCGCUUCUGGAAUUGCUCGACCCUGAACAGAACAACUCCUUUUUGGAUCACUACAUGGACGUUCCUGUGGACCUGUCCAAAGUUCUCUUUGUCUGCACGGCCAACAUGACGGACACAAUCCCACGUCCACUGCUCGACCGCAUGGAGCUGAUUACGCUCUCAGGCUAUGUUGCGGAUGAGAAAAAGGCCAUCGCUAACACCUACCUUGCACCCGCAGCCAAGGAUGCUGCCGGCCUCAAGAACGCCAACGUUAACCUCACGGAUGAGGCGAUCGAAGAGCUUAUCAAGUCAUACUGCCGAGAAUCUGGCGUGCGAAACCUCAAGAAGCAAAUCGAGAAGGUCUAUAGAAAGUCUGCGUUGAAGAUUGUCCAGGAGCUCGGCGAGGAAGUUCUCCCCGAAGAGGAAGCCCUGACUGAUGAAGGCAAAGCGGCUUUGGAAGAAAGCCAAAAGAAAGCUGCAGAGGAGGCUGCCGCUAACGAUGAUGCCAAGUCGGACGAGGGCCGGGCUGCCACUGAAGCCGCGGAGGCAGAGGCAACUGAGAAGCCAAGAAAAGCAUUGCAGGUACCCGACUCGGUGGACGUACAGAUUGGAAAGGACAACCUUGUGGACUAUAUUGGACCUCCAGUCUUUACAUCCGAUCGCCUGUACGAUGUGAGCCCUCCUGGUGUCUCAAUGGGUCUGGCCUGGACGCAAAUGGGUGGUGCGGCCAUGUAUAUUGAGUCUAUCCUACAAGCUCCCCUUCGACCGAGCACCCGGCCACAUCUGGAAAUCACGGGCAACUUGAAGAAUGUCAUGAAGGAGUCAACCACUAUUGCCUACUCGUUUUCCAAGGCCUUCAUGGUCAAGGAAUUUCCCGAGAACAACUUCUUUGACAAGGCCAAGAUGCACCUCCACGUUCCCGAUGGCGCUGUCUCCAAAGACGGCCCAUCCGCAGGAAUCACCAUGGCCACAUCCCUCCUUUCCCUGGCUCUAGAUGCCCCCGUUGAUCCUACCGUCGCCAUGACCGGCGAACUAACCCUCACCGGCAAAGUAUUGCGUAUUGGUGGCUUGCGAGAAAAGACAGUCGCCGCUCGUCGAGCAGGCUGCAAGACCAUCAUCUUCCCCAAGGACAACAUGUCGGACUGGCUCGAGUUGCCUCAGAACAUCAAAGAAGGCAUUGACGGCCACGCUGUAGGAUGGUACAACGAGGUAUUCGAGCUCGUCUUCAAAGAUCUCGACCGCGAACAAGCCAACAAGAGCAAGGUCCAAGACGUCAAAAAGGAACGUGACUCCGAAGAAGAUGACUAG